AGAGCGCAAAAAAAAAACGCCGUUUCAAGUUCAUUGGAUGCUGUCAUGUUGGUAAAUUUGCGGCGAAUCUAAUUAGCCCCCGCUUGUCUGCCGCUCAAUCCGGCUUGUUACAGAUUAAGAGAAUUUAAUCCACAAGAUUGAAACUUUCAUCCUUUACAAAAGGAGUGAGUUGCAGAAUUCGUCCUUUACAAAAGGAGUGAGUCGCGAAUCGCAUGCGAGUCGGCCGAAGGCUGCAGAAUCUGUCCUUUUGGCGGCCGAGCAGGGGAUGAGCCGCACGCCGAUCAUUUUCUGGUUCUUUCUUUUUCGGAAGGGAGGAGAAGAUAGUGAGCGAGGAGGAAAAGGAAGGUCCAGGUGGCGUCGGCUUGUCCGGUGCGCGGACACGAAAGCGCGGGCGCGCAGACGGCAGGUCAAUUGCCGGCCACUUGAUUUUUGACGAAGAUCGAACGGUGGGCGGGCGAUCCGGUGGUUUCCUCCUCUUCGAUCGACGCGUCCUCGUUUGCCCCAUCCCACGAGGGGGAUUUCUCCAGAAACUUUCCUGGAGUGUUAAAGUUCACAGUUUGAUUCCAACCGCAUGGAGAUGGAUGAAAGUGUGGGAAAAAGAGUAGUCAAAGGAUUCAGAAGAGGAGCUGGCAUUGUUUUCAGGGAUAACAACCCAGAAGAUAGUAAAUCCCAGAACUGUAGUAGGGCUGGCUGCAUCAGUAGAGUUUGUUCGAGUGUAGGUUCCUGCAGUGAGAUCCCUGAGAAGCCUAAUCAUGUGAAAGCUUCUUUUCACGCCAUUAGUGGCAAAGCAAUAACUGGGAGCUCAUCCAAACCAUUCUUAGUUUCUAGUACCCGUAGAUUCUUUCAGAAACAACCAAACCAAACACAUCUACAGGAAAUCACUGUUGCAGAAAGUAGCCAUCGACAGAAAAUUGAUGAUAUCAAUAACAACAAUGAAGAGGUCCUGGUGGACAAUCUAUAUUCUAAUGGAGUAAAAGAAGUCACAGAGUCUGAACCAAAAGUGAGUAAGAGUCUUCAAUGUGCAGUUCUGAAAGGCUUAUCUACAGACAUCCACGAGCCAUCCAGUAACUGCAGUAUCAUGUCAAGUUCAAAGGUGCAUAAGCAGAUCAGUAGGCGACUAGUAUCAGGUAACCAGGAAGCUUCCACAAGUUCGUUUGGCCCUCGCACUACUUUUGCAUCUAGAAAAAUCGCCCAAACUGAUAAAUCUUUUUCACACUGCCUUAAUACUGGGGUCCCAAGGUGUGGUCUUAAAGGUCUAAGUUCCACAUCGGCAACAGAUGUUUUUCCUUCAGACUGUCCUUCCUCUGUUUCAUCUAGUUCUAGGAGGGUUGACGUGAUGGGGAAGAAACCAUCUAAGGGAGAAAGUUCCGCUGCCAAUAGGAGGAUUUCAACUACAGAGACUUCAGUCCCAAGUAUUUCAGUUCCCAGAAUCAUGAGUGAUCCAGUUUCAAGAAGCACCAGAAAUCGAAUUACCACUUGUGAUCGUGCAUUUUCAGUAAGAACUCGAAGAACUUCUCAGGCAAGUGUAGAAGAGAGUGGCUGCACAUACAUACCAAGAGAGUCUGUUGCUACCCACGUUCAGCAGAGUAGAGCUUCUGUAUCAGACCUAUUACAGGAAAAUUCAGGAGCAUUUUCUAUAGAUUUUCCAGAUGGUUUCAGUAAUGCGUCUGGACAACCUAGUUCAAGAAGUCAUGCCACACAAAGUAGGGAAGCUUCCCAUUCUGAAGGUGGCACACAUAUCACCCAUGUUUCUUUGGGCAAUCAACUGGGCUACCGACACUUUAGUUUGGAAGGUGUCGCAGAGAUUUUAUUGGCACUGGAGCAGAUCGAACAGGAGAGGGAUUUAACUUAUGAGCAAUUAUUGGUUCUCCAGUCCAAUUUACUGUUAGGAGCAAUAAGGUUCCAUGACCGACACAGAGACAUGAGAAUGAAUAUUGAUAAUAUGUCCUACGAGGAACUGUUAGCCUUGGAGGAGAAAAUGGGUAAUGUCAGCACAGCUCUUAAUGAAGAUCAAUUGUCAAAAUGUCUGAAGAAAAGCAUAUAUCCAAAUGCCUACCUUGUUCCUGGAACAAGUGUUCAUGGUAGCGAUAAUGAUGACGUCAAGUGCAGCAUAUGUCAGGAAGAAUACAUAAUUGGAGAUGAGGUAGGCAGAUUGUGGUGCGAGCAUCAGUAUCAUGUAGCUUGCAUCCAGCAUUGGCUCCGGCAGAAGAACUGGUGCCCCAUCUGCAAGUCAUCUGCCUCGCCAUCUCAGGACUGAAACCGAGGCUUAAAACUUGUGUCACCCAACAAGUGUAGGAACUCAACAAGAUGCUCAAAAUGUGGAAACCCACUCUUCCAGUUUGAUGGAAACCCUUGUAAAUCCUUUUGCAAGUUAGAAGCAAGCCACUGGCUCUCAAGAAUUCAUGUUUAGGAUAAAGAUUGCAACUUUGUGCUGAAGCCCAAUUGGAUUGCUUUGUUUGCACUAAUUUAUGAUGAAGUUCAAUGAUAGAAUACCACUGGCAUUAGUUUUGUUGCUGUUUGAAAUGAAAAUAAGUUUGGCAAAACCCUUCCAGCAA